UGACGUCAUAGUGUCGUCACUUUCCAAGAUGGCGGCAUUUGCGUGGCAGCGUUAUCGUUAGCGAACGCAGCGUUGGAGAGAAAAGAGCUCAAACCUGCUGAGAGGAGGAGAAGCAUUUGGAGGACGUUAACUUUGACCAACAAGGAUGAGUUCUCCAAAGGAGUUGAAACCGGCAGAGGCAGACAAGAGCAGAACUCAUCAGUGUAAGAACUGUGGGAAAAGUUUCAGUCGGAUAUGUAGUCUAAAAAGACAUGAACUCACCCACACUGAGGAAGAACUCUAUCACUGUGAACAAUGUGGCAGCAGCUUCAGCCAGCUAAAUGCAUACAACCUACACUUGUAUACCCACCCUGAAGAGACGCUGUACUCCUGUGACCAGUGUGGGAUGGAUUUCAGUGACCAGAGCUCUUACAGAAAACACCUGCGUGACCACACUGGACCAUACCAGUGUGACCAGUGUGAAAAGAGUUUCAGUUACUUCAGCAUUUACAAGAUACACAUGCGAGUCCACACGAAAGAAAAGCCGUACUGCUGUGACCAGUGUCCAAAGAGUUUUAGCUUUUUAAGCUCGUACAAGCGACACCUGCUCAGCCACAGUGGAGAGAAGCCGUACCAGUGUGACUUCUGUGGAAAGAGUUUCACCCAGUCGGGACACUUCAGUCUGCAUCUACGCAACCACACAGGAGAAAAACCGUAUGAGUGUGAGCAGUGUGACAAGAGUUUCAGUGACUUGAGUAGUUAUAGGAUACACCUUCGUGUCCACACCGGAGAGAAACCUUACUGCUGUGACCAGUGUGGGAGGAGAUUCUCUCAGUUGGGUAAUUACAAGUCACACAUGCGUAUCCACACAGGAGAAAAACCUUUCCACUGUGAACUCUGCGAGAAAAGUUUCUCCAUCUCAAAAACGUAUAAACAACAUGUGCGCACGCACACAGGAGAAAAACCAUAUCAGUGUAAAGAUUGUGGGAAAGGCUUUGGGCGCCUAAGCAACUAUAUGCGCCACCUACGCAUUCAUACAGGAGAGCAACCAUUCAGCUGUGAGCAGUGUGGGAAAUGUUUCAACAGUUCAUACAGUUACAGCCGUCACCUGAGAGUCCACACCGGAGAGAAACCUUACUGGUGUUCCCAUUGUAAGAGGCUGUUCACACGCUCACAGUCUUUAAAGAAACACCGCUGUGUUGAGGUAGAUGAAGAAAGUUUAUCUGUGAUUACCAAAGAAGAAGAAUCGAGUUGCUCAUUAACAGAACCUACAAGUGACAACCAGUAACGACUAACAAAAUAAUCUACAGACUGUCUUCAUGGUAAUGGGAGACAUGAAGUCAUUUGUUGUAUUUUGUCUUUCCAUAGAACUUGACAAACUAGCCUUCAUUGGCAUCUCACACCCUUGGACUGAUUUAAAUCAUUCCUCUCUCUCAGUUCAUCCAACUCAAAUAUUUUAAAUCCCAGCCAUUUCCUGUCACUAAUGGUGUUCCCCAGGGUUCUGUCAGGGGCCCCUUUUUGUUUAUCAUCUAAUUACUUCCUCUUGGCCAUAUCUCUCAUAAAUUUAACAUAAAUUUCCAUUGCAAUGCAGAUGACACCCAGCUCUACCUUUCCACCAAACCUACCUCCAUCCUCCCGCCUACCUCCCUCUCUGAUUGCCUCCAGAAAUCAAAUCCUGGUUCUUCCUCAAACUCAACAAUUGUUCUGCUUAUUGCCACCUUAUCAAAAUCAGACAGUUUUUCCUUCACAGUUGAAAAUUCUUUAGUUUCUCUCUCCCCUCAGGUUGAGUCUGGGUGUCAUCGUUGACAGCACACUUUCUUUUCAAGCUCAAUAAUGUUCACGAGUCCACGUACUUCCAUCAUUGUAGCAUUAAUAGCCUCCACCAUUCCUCACACCCAACAGCACCACCGUUCUUGUACACAUCCCAGUUACAUCCCUCAUUGAUGAUUGUAACUUCUUCUUUUCGGUCUCUCUCACAAAUUCCUUCAUAAACUGCAACUAGUCCAGAACUCUUCCACAUCAUUUCCAGAACCACCUCCAUUAAUCCCAUCACUCCUGUCCUUCAGCAGCUUCAUUGGCUCCUGGUCAAAUACUGCAUUGUUUUUAAGAUUCUGCUCGUCACUUUAAGGCCAUCCAUAAUAUCACUCUUCUAUAUAUAUCUACACUCUUUCUGAACUCCUGCACAUCGACUUCUUCCAUCCACCUCUCUGUACAACCUGCAAGCUGGACCACCAUGGAAUUUAGAGCCUUUAGCCGCUCUGCUCCUCACCUCUGGAACUCCCUCCCACCAGACAUUCGUUCCAUCGGCUGACUCCAUUUUCAAAUCCCAUCUCAUAACCCAUCUUUUUAAACUGGCAUAUUCAGUUUGAUUGUUUUCCUUUUGGCCAAACUACAUAAUGUUUUAUUCACUGUUAACUUUAUUGAUCUUUAUGAUACAUUGCUCUAUGUUAUGUUUUUGUGUCUGCCUUUUAAGGUGACCUUGAGUGCUGGGAAAGGCGCCU